UGGCACGCCCUACGACUUCCUCCAUUGUUCUUCUUUCCGGGAUACUCUGCGUGGAAGGAUGGCUCAGAACAAUUAUUUCGGCUUUACUCACGGCGGAACGCAAUAUGGGGCAACCAGCGCUGCCGCGUAUCAGACCGGACAAGCGGGAUACGCGGUAACUCCAGCGGCGACUGCCGCUACGUAUACCCAGCGUCCCGCUGCCGCCGCUGCUACUGGGUACGAAACCUAUCAAGCAGCUGCUGCUGCUGCAGCAACUGGCACAACGUACGCAGCUGCUAAUCCUGGCACUGUGGCUCAAACUUAUGAUUACGGUUACGGGCGCACUGCACCGGCAGCUACGUACGACGCUACCAAGACUUACUAUCAACAGCCAGCAGCUGCAGCAGCAACUUAUACUACCACUGAAACACACUAUCAAGCUGCAAAACCUGCUUAUAGUACGACCAGUGCCUAUACUGGCACUGCUAGACAAGCCACCACCACUGGACAAGCUAAGACUUAUCAGGCAUCUAGUACAGCUUAUCAGCAAUCUAAUCCUACGCAGAGCGCGACUUACUCUUCUGGAUACACAGCUCCGGCUACGCCUGCCGCUACACCAUCAACUGCGACAAAUAAAACGGCGAGUACAACGUAUUCCGGCUACGACGCAGCGCUAUAUAGCGCUGCGACUAUGUAUGUAGCCCAACAGAGUGCAAACAGCAAUUCAACUAACCAGAAGACUGGAGGUUGGCAGGGCUACGGACGAAAGGGAUUCGGAGCUGGUGGGGGAGGGAUGAAGGCAAUGCGGCCCAAGCAGCCUCCCAAGCCACAGCAACUACACUAUUGCGAUGUCUGUAAGAUCAGCUGUGCCGGACCUCAAACCUAUCGCGAGCAUCUGGAGGGUCAAAAGCACAAGAAGAAGGAAGCCUCCCUGAAGGUACCCCAACAGCCUCCAACGCGCGGAGCGGGCAACAGCCUUCGUUGCGAGCUUUGUGACGUGACUUGUACAGGAAAUGAUGCUUACGCUGCUCACAUCAGGGGUGCUAAGCAUCAAAAGGUGGUGAAGCUGCAUACUAAGCUUGGAAAGCCAAUUCCGAGUGCGGAUCCUACCGUUUUGAAUCCGAAACCAGCGGCAGCCGCAAAGGCCGCGGCGACCAAAAAGCCAACAGUGACGGCAACACCUAAAAUCAAUUUCGUCGCUUCUGGCAAUUUGGGCACGGUAAAUCAGAAUCAAGCGGCUGAGGUGAAGCAGGAGGAGCCAGCUACUGAAGAAGCUGUGGAAGAAGCAGCAGUCGACGAAAAGGAUAUUCAACCGGUCGGUCAAGAGUAUAUCGAAGAGAACAAAUCAGAGGAUGGAAAGAUUAUAAGUUUCAAUUGUAAAUUGUGCGAAUGUCGAUUCAACGAUCCCAAUGCCAAAGAUAUGCAUAUGAAGGGUCGCCGUCAUAGAUUCGCUUACAAGAAGAAGGUCAAUCCCGAUUUGGUGGUCGACAUGAAACCUAGUCUGAAGCAGCGCAAGAUGUUGGAAGAGAAACUACGUAGGCAACAAAUGCGUGACGAGUAUCUACGUCGCAGGGAAGAGAUUAAUCAACUGGGACCUAUGGGACCUAUGAUGGACGAGGAGAUGAUGUAUUGGGAAGAGAGACGCCGCUAUGAGGAGGAAUGCGAAUAUUACGAGUGGUACCGACGAUACGGACGCGGUCCGGGCGCACCGCCGAUUCCGCGACCGUUCCCAGGACCUCCGCCCAUGAUGAUGUUCCCGGGUCCACAAAGACGACCGGAUUCAUCAGACGAUAAGCAUGUGUUGGCACAUCAUACAACCAUUUAUCCCAAGGAACAAGAAUUACUGGCAGUUCAGAAAAUAGUUUCACACACGGAGAAGGCGUUGAAAUUUGUGUCCGACACUUUAGCCGAGGCUGGUAAGAAAAAUAGUCCUGCAAAUGCUAACGCUACUGCAACGACACCUGUGGCAACUGGUGGUACACCGCAGACAAAUGCGGACGCGUUGAAAAAGGAGGAGGCCGACAAGAAGAAGAUAGUCACGCCACAGAAGGAAGAUGGCAGUGAUGGGAAUCUCUUUUCAUUUCAAAAGGAAAAGGAAGAUUCGAGAAUACUUCGUGGUGUUAUGCGCGUCGGAAAUUUGGCCAAAGGACUUUUGCUAUCCGGAGAUAAUCACGUUUGCCUCGUCGUUUUGUGCGCUGAAAAACCGACAAGGACAUUGCUCAAUAAGGUUGCUGAGAUUCUACCCGGUGAACUGAAGAACGUAGCUCCCGAAGAGACCUACAACGUUGGCAAGCACCCGGAAUCUGCAGCUUUAACGGUCUCGGGGGGAACAGUGACCGUCAGCGUGACGCUCACAAGUCCCCUGAUGCGCGAGACACCAAAAUCGACCGCGACAGCAGAUAAUGCUGGACAGCAGCAACAGGAUGCUGCUCAACUGCAAGCGACGCCCGCGGCCCCCGCUGUGACGAAACCAGAUCCGCCAGAUGUACUUCCCAAGGCUAAGUGUUUGGAGGCUUUAGCUGCACUCAGGCAUGCGAAGUGGUUUCAGGCUAGAGCCACCUCGCUGCAGAGCUGCGUUAUGGUUAUCCGUAUAAUGCGCGACCUUUGCAAUCGUGUACCAACGUGGGGUCCGUUAAAUCCUUGGGCAUUGGAGUUAUUGACUGAGAAAGUGAUCAGCACCGCUGGAGGUCCUCUUAGUCCCGGCGAAGCUUUGAGAAGGCUUUUAGAGUGCGUAGCUGGAGGAAUAUUGCUUCCAGGCAGUCCAGGAUUAUCCGAUCCAUGUGAGAAGGAGCCGGUUGACGCGAUAGGAAACAUGACGUCUCAACAAAGAGAAGACAUCACCGCAUCCGCGCAACACGCGUUACGGCUGGUAGCGUUCCGUCAGAUUCACAAAGUCCUAGGUAUGGAGCAGCUGCCGCCGCCGAAAUUCAAAGGACGAUUCGCCAGAAAACGAAGACGUGACAACAGCAACGGCGAAGGCACGGACAGCGAAGCUUCAAAGAAGGAUAAGAAAGCAGAGGAGAUCAAAAUGGAAACAGAUUCGAAGUAGAAGAGAGAUCUACCAAAAAAUUCGUUCUACGAAUUACACCUAUUAACUUAUCUAAUAUAAAAAAAGAAAAAAAAAUAUUUCUCCGCCGUGUCAGUUGCUUGUUUAGGAACAGAAGUAUAUCUUCGGAUCAAAACAAUUUGGUAUUAAGUGAUACUUGUUGCGAUGUAGGAUGCGCGUAAUCCAAAAACGAUUAUGCUAAAAGACGACGAGGGAUGCUUAUCAAGUUGCAAUAGUGGGCAUUUGUUGAAUCCACUCUCUCCUGUUGCAGAUUAUUCAUUUUAGACCAAUUGUGACGAUUCUAAUUGGUGUAAAAUGAGUAACAGUGUGGUCAUUAUUUUCCUUCUACGAAAUAUUUCGUAUUUAAUCAUUAUCUAAUAUGUGCAUCGCAAAACAAAAGAUGUAGAGUUUACGGCAAAUAAAUAAAGCUUAGAUCGAUUGAUAAACUUUCUCGAACAGGCAAUUGGUGCGAUUAGUUUUGAUCUUAGCUUUAUAUCGAAACGAACCUGAUGAAUGCGUUCACAUUGAUUUGUUCUGAUUCAUCUCGGUCACGGUGGAUAUGAACAGGAAAAAUUGAAACGAUUGAGUGGUAGAACGCGACGAUGAACAUUUAUAAGUUUGACUUUAAGAAUAGAUAAUAGAUUGUAUUUGAGAAUUUGUGUGUAUGUUGUGUGUGUAGUCAUACCGACGUGUAGAAAAUAUUAUACCCUCCUUCUCUCACACUCCUGCACAAAAGUGACAAACUAUUUACUAUGUAUGCUUUUGACACGUGCAUCGUUCACGUGAAGAGUACAGACGAGAUAUUUAGAAGUCAACGAAUUGGAUGCUUUAACGAUAUCUAACGCGAAACAAGUGUUAACAUUUUUUAAUAGAUCACUGAAUUAAUUUGAGUUUCAUUUGCAGAAUACAAAGACGUGAUAUUAACUUUUCAAACAUUUUACCGCCGUUUAAGUGGUUUUUUUUUCCAAUCCUGUCUAGAUUUUCUGUUCUGUAUUUUCAGAUCAUCAUUGAAUAAAAAGAAUAUGUACAAUGCAA